ACUACCCACAAAUGCAUCCAAAUCUUGCAUGGCUAACCGUCGACGUCGCAGCUCCUCCGCCUCCACUACUAACAACCCUCCUCCUGUUCCUACGGCUGGAAGCUCCAAUGGCCCGCACCCUAUCUAUCACGGUAUCAGAUGCAGGUCUGGAAAAUGGGUUUCCGAGAUUCGAGAACCAAACAAGUCCACCCGCAUUUGGCUGGGGACAUACCCGACCCCAGAAAUGGCUGCCGCGGCUUACGACGUAGCUGCAUUGGCUCUCAAAGGAGCAUAUGCGGUACUAAACUUUUCCGACUCGAUUCUGCCUAGCACUCUCCCUGAGCAUCCCACGGCUGAUGACAUCCGCGCCGCAGCUGCAAGCGCUGCCGCUGCUCGACAUCCUGAUAGGGACACUGGCGUUGGAAGCAGCAGUCAACGUGGAGAAUAUAUGGACGAUGAGGCGGUAUUUGGAAUGCCGAAUAUGUUAUCGGACAUGGCGGAGGGAAUGCUGAUAAGCCCACCGAGAAUCAACUCUAUGCCGCCGGACGACGGAGAUAGCUUGGGUGGUGGGAAUCUAUGGGACUAUUGAAGAGUGAAGACAAAGUUGUAUCAGCCGGUAAGCUCUGAAUAUUUGUGCAAAAGUAUUAUUACAAGUGUGGUUUUUUUUUUUUUUUUUUUUUUUUUUUUUUUUU